CCGUUAGGUUACAGUUGAAAGGCCAAAGCAUUCGUUCUACCUCUCGGCACCUGGAGCCGCCGCUUUUCCCGUCUUCCAGCCAACCGUCGCUUCGGAAUUUUCGUAGAUCCCUAGAAACUAAACAAGAACUUCCUGGCGCUCAUCCAAGCCCAACAACCAACUGCCCAACCGAAACACCUAUCAAACGCCGAUUCCGGACCAAACGGUGGUUAACGGUGAUCUAACAGCAUGAAGCGCGCCAAAAGGUACCUGGUGGCAGUAUCAGCCCUGCUCGUCCUGGUAGUUGGAGGAGGGGUAGCCCUCGGCAGGGCGCUGAACACAGACGACGACCUGAUGGAGGACACGACGCCGAAAACGAUGGAUGUCAUACUGUCCGAGAUCCGGAGUCUGAUGCAGGACUACUCGAUCGAGGCAUACAUCGUCCCGUCGGUGGAUGCUCACAACAGCGAGUACAUAUCGUUGCAUGACAGGCGCUAUCAGUACGUGACGAACUUUACCGGCUCCGCCGGAACGGCCAUCAUUACGUUGACGGGAGCCGCUCUAUGGACGGACUCCCGCUACCAUCUACAGGCGGAGAACGAGAUCGAUCCGUCCUACUGGACGCUGAUGCGCGAAGGUCUCGCCGGGGUGCCGACGCGUGACGAAUGGUUGCUAGAGCACCUAUCGCCAGGUGCCCAGGUGGGAACCGAUCCCUUUCUGAUCGCGUCAACCGAGUACGAGCGGCUCAGCACGGUGCUCGUCCAGUCCGGCUACCGGUUGAUCGCGCUCGAGCGCAACCUGGUCGACAUCGUCUGGAACAAUCGGCCGCCGCAGACGGUGGAGGAACUGCGCCCGCUGGGCUACGAAUACACCGGACAGCGGGCUGCCGACAAGAUCGCCACCGUCCGUGAUACCCUGCACGCACUGGGUGCCAACGCCAUUGUCAUUAGUGCCCUCGACGAGGUCGCUUGGCUGCUGAAUCUGCGUGGCACCGACAUCCUCUACAAUCCGGUGUUCUUCGCAUACGCGAUCAUCGCGCAUGAACGGGUCCAUCUGUUCACCAACGUAGAGCGCAUCAACGAGACUAUCCGAGAGCACUUACGCACCGAAGGCCUCGUGCCACCGGUGGAUGUACGCGACUACCACGACAUCCUGGCCGGCAUCGAUGAGUACGUGCGGGACGGGCACCGGCUGCUGCUGUCCUCCGCCUGCAGCCAAGCGCUGUAUGCCGCCAUUCCGGCAGAACAGCGACUCCAGCAGUACAGCGUGGUGGCAAAGCUGAAGGCGGUAAAGAACGCGGUCGAAGCGGCGGGUAUGCAAAGGGCGCACGUGCGAGACGGAGCCGCCGUUGUGCGGUACCUUGCUUGGCUUGAGACAACGGUCGGCGCCGGGGACGGGGAGAAUGUAACCGAGCUGUCCGGGGCGGCCCAACUGCACGCGUUCCGCAUGCAGCAGAAUCUAUUCGUCGACCUAAGCUUCACGGCGAUCAGCGCAUUCGGGCCGAAUAGUGCGAUCGUACACUACAGCCCUAGCACCGACACCGAUCUGCCGAUCACGCAAGACGGCAUCUAUUUGAUCGACUCCGGCGCCCAGUAUCUGGACGGUACGACCGAUGUAACGCGCACGGUUGCGCUCGGCCAGCCGACCGCCUUCCAGCGAGAAUGCUUUACGCGGGUUCUGAAAGGCUUUUUGUCACUCGGGUCGGCCGUCUUUCCGACGCAUGCCUCAGGCACCGUCUUUGACACGCUCGCCCGGAAGGCACUCUGGGAUGUGGGACUUGACUACGGCCACGGUACGGGGCACGGAAUCGGGGCCUUCCUCGGCGUGCACGAGUAUCCACCAUCGUUCGUGUCGAACACCGCAUCACCAAGCAAUCAGGGCGUGGUCGAGAACAUGUUCUCCUCCAACGAGCCUGGCUACUACGAGGCGGGCCAAUUCGGAAUACGCAUCGAGGACAUCGUGCAGGUGGUGCGUGCGAACGUGCCUCACGACUUCAAUGGCCGCGGUGCACUCACGUUCUACAGCAACACGGUGGUUCCGAUUCAGCGAAAGUUGAUCGACGUACGGCUGCUAUCAGAGGGGGAAGUCAUGAACCUUAAUCAGUACCACCGGCGGGUUCGGGAGCAAGUAGGGCCGCUACUUUUGGAGCAGAACGAUUCCGAAGCGUAUCGGUGGCUGAUCGAAGCAACGGAAGAUAUCACUCCGAUGGCUCUCAAUCUAGCGGUGCACCAGAACGACACGAUGUAAGCGAGAUGGACAGCACUACAAACGGGCAAUCUAGAUGGCCGCAUGAGGAGACGCGAAGCGCAAACAGUUGGUUACAACCAAGUUUUAUUUUUGAAGCCCAGCAUCCGGAUACAACAGGUUUGCCGAAGCAUGCUAUCAGCCAGACUCCAUAUCUCUCAUUGAUUUAUUAUUAAAAAAAUACUAUUUCCUGGUA